AUGUGCAACGCUGAAAAUGACGAUGACAGCUCUGUCCUCUGCAAAACCAUCUCAGAGUUCUCCAGACAGUGUGUCCACGCUGGCGGCAGGCCCCAACAAUGGAGGAAUGAAAGCUUUUGCUAUAUGAAAUGUCCAUACAACAUGGAGUUCAUGGAGUACAGCAAUCCAUGCACUGACACCUGCUCCACCCCUCAGGCCAGCCUGACAUGUGACAGUCACUACUAUGACAGCUGCCGCUGCCCUGCUGGAACUGUCUAUGAUGACAUCGGGGAUGGUGGCUGUGUUGUAGCCAGUAAGUGUCCCUGUAAGCACAACAACAAAAUCUUCCAAUCAGGACAGUCGUACACUCACGCCUGCAGAUCAUGUGUGUGUACAAGUGGCCAGUGGCGGUGUACGGAGAAGAACUGUCCAGGAGUCUGCUCCGUGGAGGGAGGAAGUCACAUCAACACCUUUGAUGGGAAAGUCUACACCUUCCAUGGGGACUGCUCCUACGUCCUGGCUAAGCCAAAUAAUGGCUCCAUGUACACUGUGCUGGUCAACCUGGUGAAGUGCGGUCUGGGUGAAAGUCGGACCUGCCUCAGAGCUGUAACUCUGAGCUUAUACAGCAACUCUGUGGUUGUUAAAAUUCAGGCGUUGGGUCAAGUCUAUGUGAACCAGAUUCUUUCUCAGCUCCCUCUGUUUACACCCGAGCUGAGUGUCUUUAAGCCAUCGUCCCACUACAUCCUCACUAAUUUCAAGGGGGGCAUUCAAGUGUUGGUCCAGCUGGUCCCCACGAUGCAGGUCUUCAUCACAGCUCAACCUUCACACAAAGGACAGACUGCUGGUUUGUGCGGAAACUUCAACAACAUAAUGAUUGAUGACUUCAGGACGGUCAGCGGGCUGGUGGAGGGCACCGCAGCAGCGUUCGCCAACUCAUGGAAAACUAGAGCAAACUGCCCCGACAUUAUACCACACCCUCUUGGAUACCCCUGUCGCCAAAGUGUCAGCAAAGAGAGUUACGCCCAGUAUUGGUGCUCCAAAAUAUCAGACCCUGAAGGAGUGUUUGCCCCGUGCCACUAUAUGGUUAGCCCUGACACCUACAGAGAUAACUGCAUGUACGACACCUGUAACUGUGAGAAAAGUGAGAACUGCAUGUGUGCUGCGGUCUCCUCGUAUGUCUACGCCUGUGCCACCGCAGGAAUCCAGAUCGAGGGCUGGAGGGACAACGUCUGUGGCAAAUUCAGCAUAUGUCCAGUAGGACAAGUGUAUCGCUACAACAUGACCAGCUGCCAACGUACCUGCCGGUCCAUCAGCCAGCCCGACUACUCUUGCCAGACCAAAUUCACCUCAGUGGACGGCUGUGGCUGUGCAGAGGGAACCUACAUGAACGAGGAGGGGAUGUGUGUGUCCAGUUCAGCCUGCCCCUGCUACGACAGUGAUGACAUCAUACCUGCUGGGCAGGCUGCCAGCAGAGACGGCGUCACAUGUUACUGCAGACAAGGAAAGUUGAGCUGUCCAGGAGAGACCCAGCUAACAUCCAAACCAACAUGCGUUUCCCCCAUGGUUUACUUUGACUGCUCUACUGCUGACCCUGGGUCCACUGGGACUGACUGUCAGAAGAGCUGCGGCACUCUGGACAUGGCUUGUAUCAGUGUGGGCUGUACGUCAGGCUGCAUGUGCCCUUCUGGCCUGGUGUCUGAUGGAGCAGGAGGCUGUGUCACUGAAGCCAACUGUCCAUGUCUGCACAAUGGACAGGCCUAUCAGCCUGGAGAGACUCUGACUGUGGAGUGCAACACCUGCACCUGCAAAAAACGGAAGUUCCAAUGUACUGAAAAAGUGUGUGAUCAAGUUUGUGGGAUUUAUGGCGACGGUCACUACACCACAUUUGAUGACAAGAGGUUUGACUUCAAUGGAGAGUGUGAAUACACACUCAUACAGGACAACUGUGGUGGUGGUCAGGGCAAUGGAAGCUUCAGCGUCAUGAGUGAGAACAUUCCCUGUGGAACCACAGGAACCACCUGCUCCAGGGCCAUCAAGAUCUUCAUGGGGGAUAAUGAAUUCCAUCUUAAAGAUGACAGCUUCCAAAUGGUAAAGGGCAGCAGUGAGGUGUUCCCUGCUCAGAUACAAAAGAUGGGUAUUUACCAGGUGGUGACGAUCAUGAAGGGACUUGUCCUCAUGUGGGACCAGAAGACCAGUCUUUUCAUUAAACUCAGCCCCAAGUUCCAGGGUAAAGUCUGUGGUCUGUGCGGAAACUACGACGGCAACAUCAGGAAUGACUUCACCACACGCUCCCAGGAGACAGUGGCAGACGUUCUGGAAUUUGGUAACAGUUGGAAGGUUUCAUCCACCUGUCCAAAUGCCCGGCUAGUCAGCGAUCCCUGUUCCACCAACCGCUACCGAGCAGCCUGGUCUCAGAAACAGUGCAGCAUCAUCACCAGUGUCACCUUCCAGUCCUGUCAUUCAAAGGUUGAUCCUGGUCCCUACUAUGAUUCUUGUGUGAGAGACUCUUGUGCUUGUGACACUGGUGGGGACUGCGAAUGUCUCUGCACAGCUGUGGCUGCCUACGCCAAAGCUUGUAAUGGAGCUGGGGCCUGCAUUGCAUGGAGAACUCCAAAGCUGUGCCCUCUUUUCUGUGACUACUAUAACAGACAUGGUGGCUGUGCUUGGCACUACAAGCCCUGUGGAGCUGACUGCAUGAAGACAUGUAGGAAUCCAUCAGGAAACUGUUCAGAGCUCAUCACUGGCCUGGAAGGGUGCUAUCCAAAGUGUCCCCCCAACAAGCCCUACUUUAACGAAGACAGCAUGAUGUGCGUUCCCUGGAACCAGUGUGGCUGCUAUGAUGACAAAGGCAACCAUUACGAUGACGGAGCUAAGGUUCCAGCAGAAAACUGUUACACUUGCUCCUGUACAGUCAAUAAAAUAAGCUGCCACUACGAUGUGAACUACUGUAAAUGCUAUGUUAAUGGCAAAACCUAUGAUUAUGGGGAAACCAUUUACAACACCACGGAUGGGAUAGGACACUGCCUGACAGCCAAGUGUGGAGUCAAUGGGACUGUUACCAGGGAAAUGUAUCCUUGCGCUACUGUGGCCACCCCUGGUCCUCCAACUACCCCCUUUACAUUCAGCACGACUGGACCGACCACUACAGUUGUUGUCACUACAUCACUGCCAACCACCACAAGUGGGACCACAGCAAGACCUGUAGAAACAACCACAUCUGAAGAGACAACUGCAAAGACAGAGACAACAAAAGCACCAACAGAAGGCACUACUAGCCCAGUUAUAAAGUCUACUACAGCUGUUGUUGAAACUACAACACCAAAACCAGGUGUCACAACAAGUCCUGAAACAACAGUCGUGACAUCAAAACCUUCCGUCAGCACCACAACCACUAAAGUUGUAACUGAAACAACUGUGAAGAGCACAACCAAAGGUGUUGAGACAACCACAUCUGAAAAGACAACUGCAAAGACAGAGACAACACAACCACCUAAAUCCACCACAAGUCCAGUUACAAAGUCUACUACAGUUGUUGGUGAAACUACGACCACGACAUCAAGCACUACAACAGAAGGUCCAAUCACAGAAUCGCAAAAAACUACAACUGCUGUUACAAAACCUUCAGUUGUUAACACAACUGUCACGAUCUUCACUAAAACUACACCAACAACAGGUACAACCUCCAUUGGACCAUUGACAAAGACACUUCCAGGCACCACAAAUGUUGUCACUACCUUACCAGCCGGAACCACACUUGUAUCUACAACAUUAUGUGUCUGCAUUCAUAAUGGAACUACGUAUAAUCCUGGGGAAGUGAUAUACAACCGCACUGAUGGCCUGGGGUGGUGUUACACUGCAUAUUGCAAUGCAAAUUGUCAAAUCGAUACCAAAAGCAGUCCAUGUGCAACACCAUCUACAACUGUUCCUGCCUCUCCUACCACUCCAUCAACAACCCCAUCUACAACUAUCGUGGACUGCAGUCAUUUGGUUCCACCACGACAGAAUGGAGACACCUGGCAGAUCGACAACUGCACCACAGCUACCUGCAUCGAUGGCAAAGUCGUGGAGACACCUCAUGUCUGUGCCACAGAAAAACCAGUCAUCUGUGCCAAUGGACGCACACCUGUCAAAGUCUAUGAUGAUGACGGAUGCUGUUCCCACGAUGAAUGUGAAUGUGUGUGCAGUGUCUGGUCUGAAAACCACUACAAGACAUUCGACGGAAAAUCAUACGAUUUCUACAAGAACUGCUCCUACUACCUGGUCAAAGAGAUUAUACCCAAAUAUAACCUGACAAUUAUAUUAAAUAACCGCGAAUGUGGCCCCUCAGACAGCUCUUUCUGUCCCAAGUCUCUCACUAUUACAUACGAAUCCUACACGGUGGUGUUGACUCAGUUGAAGAUUGGAGAAACAGUAACUUUUGCGGUGUAUGUGAAUCAGAAACGUGUCUAUCCUGCCUACAGCAAUUCUGCCCUACGCCUCACCGGCACAGAUAUGGCGGUCACAUUGAAUAUACCGGAAAUCAACACAGAAGUGAUCUAUAGGGAAUCCUCAUUCAGCAUUGAGAUUCCUAAUUCCCUCUUUGGCGGCAAAACUGAGGGACAGUGUGGAACAUGUGACAACUCCCAGACAAACGACUGUCGUUCUCCAAAUGGCCAGGUGGAAAGCUGUUCAGACUCUGCAGGCCAGUGGCACGUCCCAGGUACACCCUGUGUCGCCCCAACAACCCCACCAACGACUACGUCAGCACCCGGGACCACCCCAAAACGUCCACAAACAACAACACCAUCCCCUUGCAGACCUGCCAUUUGUGAUAUCCUAACUGGCAGUGUUUUUGAGAAGUGCCACUCAGUUAUACCCCCAGGAGAUUUUGUGAAAUCCUGUGUGUCUGACAAUUGCAACUAUGAAAACAAAACCUGCACCAGCCUGGAGGCCUAUGCCGCUGAGUGUUCUAAUGUAGGAAUCUGUAUCGACUGGAGGAAUGCUACUAACGGGCAGUGUGAGCACAAGUGUCCAGAUAACAAAGUGUACAGGGCCUGUGGACCUGAUGUAGAGCCUACUUGCAAUGACAGAUAUAACCAAAGGUUCCAGGCAAAUGACGGCACUAACUACAAUAAGGAGGGUUGCUUCUGUCCUCAUGGCACCAUAAAGUUCAACACAGUCUAUGACACAUGUGUUACCUCCUGCGAUUGUGUUGGACCUAAUGGAAAACCCAAACUGCCUGGUGAAACAUGGAUAAGUAACUGCCACAACUGUGUGUGUGACAACGAUUCAAUGAGCAUCCAGUGCGAGCCUAUUAAGUGCACAGAAGAAGAGACCCCCGACUGCAGCGAACCUGGUCAGGAGAUGGUCAACGUGACGGAGGAAUGCUGCACAAAACAUAGAUGUGAAUGCAACGUCAACCUGUGUCCCACAGCUCCCACUUGCGACUUGGGCUUCGAACUCAACGCCACCAAUGACGGCGUCUGUUGCCAAUCCUUCGAGUGCGUUCCUAAAGGUGUAUGUAUCUACGACAUGACUGAGUACAAGCCUGGUGAGAAGAUACCCACUGAUGAAGAGCCAACAGAACCACCACUGGAAGAACCAGUCGUAACAGAACAACCAGGAACAACAGCAGGGCCAUCAGGAACAACAAGAGCGCCAUCAGGAACACAAGGCCCAUCAGGAACACAAGGACCAUCAGGAACACAAGGACCAUCAGGAACUCAAGGUCCAUCAGGAACUCAAGGACCAUCGGGAACUCAAGGUCCAUCAGGAACGCAAGGACCAUCAGGAACGCAAGGACCAUCAGGAACACAGGGUCCAUCAGGAACACAGGGUCCAUCAGGAACACAAGGUCCAUCAGGAACACAAGGUCCAUCGGGAACACAGGGUCCAUCAGGAACAACAAGAGCACCAUCAGGAACACAGGGACCAUCAGGAACACAGGGACCAUCAGGAACACAGGGACCAUUGGGAACACAAGGUCCAUCAGGAACACAAGGUCCAUCAGGUACACAGGGUCCAUUGGGAACACAGGGACCAUCAGGAACACAGGGACCAUCAGGAACACAGGGACCAUCAGGUACACAAGGUCCAUUGGGAACACAGGGACCAUCAGGAACACAGGGACCGUCAGGAACACAAGGUCCAUUGGGAACACAGGGACCAUCCGGAACAACAAGAGCACCAUCAGGAACACAAGGUCCAUUGGGAACACAAGGUCCAUCAGGAACACAGGGACCAUCAGGAACACAAGGUCCAUCAGGAACACAGGGACCAUCAGGAACACAAGGUCCAUCAGGAACACAGGGACCAUCAGGUACACAAGGACCAUCAGGAACACAGGGUCCAUCAGGAACACAGGGUCCAUCAGGAACACAAGGACCAUCGGGAACACAAGGUCCAUCAGGAACACAGGGUCCAUCAGGAACACAAGGACCAUCGGGAACACAAGGACCAUCAGGAACACAGGGUCCAUCAGGAACACAGGGUCCAUCAGGAACACAGGGCCCAUCAGGAACACAAGGUCCAUCAGGAACACAGGGACCAUCCGGAACAACAAGAGCACCAUCAGGAACACAGGGACCAUCAGGUACACAGGGCCCAUCAGGAACACAAGGACCAUCGGGAACACAAGGUCCAUCGGGAACACAGGGCCCAUCAGGAACACAAGGACCAUCGGGAACACAAGGUCCAUCGGGAACACAGGGUCCAUCAGGAACACAAGGACCAUCGGGAACACAAGGUCCAUCAGGAACACAGGGACCAUCCGGAACAACAAGAGCACCAUCAGGAACACAGGGACCAUCAGGUACACAAGGACCAUCAGGAACACAGGGUCCAUCAGGAACACAGGGACCAUCAGGUACACAAGGACCAUCAGGAACACAAGGUCCAUCAGGAACACAGGGUCCAUCAGGAACACAGGGACCAUCAGGUACACAAGGACCAUCAGGAACACAAGGUCCAUCAGGAACACAGGGACCAUCAGGUACACAAGGACCAUCAGGAACACAAGGUCCAUCAGGAACACAGGGACCAUCAGGUACACAAGGACCAUCAGGUACACAAGGACCAUCAGGAACACAGGGACCAUCAGGAACACAGGGUCCAUCCGGAACAACAAGAGCACCAUCAGGAACACAAGGUCCAUCGGGAACACGGGGACCCUCAGGAACAACAAGAACUCCAUCAGGAACAACAAGAGCACCUUUCAAACCUGGACCCUGCCAGGAGUGUUACUGUGGCCCCAAAAUGGAUCCUGUCACCAAACUCAACAUCAUUACCUGCACACCUAUUGUCUGCGAUACAAACUGCGCUGAUGGUUACGAAUACGAGGCUGAUCCCAAAAAGUGCUGCGGAAAGUGUGUUCAGAAGAAAUGUAUUUUCACCACACCUGACAACACAACGAAAGUCAUUGAGGUCAAUGGCACUUACGUUCCACCUGGUGACAAGUGUGUGAAAUACACCUGUGAGAAGAUCAAUGGACAGUUUUUCACCAAGGAAACCACGACCUCUUGUCCACACUAUGACCCCUCUGAGUGUGAACCUGGCACUGAGACAACUGACGCUAAUGGAUGCUGCAAGAGCUGCAAGCCAAAGAGCAUCUGUGAGGUCAAGAGUAAGGAGACAGUCAUCGAGGUGAACAACUGCAGGAGCCCACAGCCAGUCAACAUGACGUCCUGCGCCGGACAAUGUGGAAGCUCGUCCAUGUACUCUGCAGCAGCUAACACCAUGAUGCACCAGUGCGAGUGUUGCCGAGAAGCCAAAACCAGUCAGAGACAGGUGGAGCUGACCUGCGCCGACGGCUCCAAGGUCCAGCACAGCUACACCAUGGUGGAGGCGUGCAGCUGCGCCAAAGCAGAGUGUGUGCCAGGAGUAACAUCCAAACCACAGCGCCGCAGGAGGCGUUGAUCCAUUACUCACUGCUUUAGAUGGGACUGAAACUUUACCAACACUUAACCUUAGCGCUUCCUAUUCAGGUUGUAUUAUUUAUAAACCAGCAUGUGCUCUUUUUCACCAUCACAAUAUAAUACUGUGAUGUAAACUUUCUUUGUCUGAGGAUUUCAGGGAUGAUAAUUAUUAAAGUUAUAUUUCUGCAACAUAAA